AGUCACCCUUGUUCCUGCUUGUAGUUGGACACAGCAGGGACACCAUGCAGGUCCCGGACAGACUCCUUCAUGCAGUGAACUUGGAGCGGCGGACAGCGGCUCUCCUCACCACCGCCGCCUGCGGCGUGGGAGCUCUGCUGCUGCUGCUGCGGACCAGCGGCCGCCGAGCAGCCACGGAGCAGAUCCAGAGAGCCAGAAGCAGAAGGAGCGACAAUGUGCAGCAGGCGGAGCAGGCGGUGCUGCGGUACAAGCAGGCGCAUCCAUCGACCGACUCUGAUCAGAUCCUGUCACUGUCACUGUCUGAGUUGGCAAAGCAACUGCAGGAUGGUUCACUAAGCCCCGAUGACGUGUUGUACUCCUACAUGGAAAAGGCCCUUGCUACACACAAGAAGCUGAACUGCUGCACAGAAAUUUUACUGGAGAGCUUUGAUCAGCUGAAAACACUUGGCUCCAACAAAGACGGUCUGCUGUACGGAGUUCCAGUUAGCAUCAAAGACAACAUCUCAUAUCAGGGUCACGACUGCACUUGUGGUGUGAUCCCUAAUCUGGAUAAACCUGCCCCAAAGGACAGUGUGCUUGUUGAAGUUCUGAAGAAACAAGGAGCUAUACCCUUCGUUAAAACAAACCUACCCCAAGCCCUAUUAAAUUAUGACUGCAGUAACCCGAUUUAUGGUCAGACUGUGAACCCCCAUAAUGCUCAGAAAACCUCUGGAGGUUCGUCCGGUGGGGAAGGAGCUCUCAUUGGGGGAGGGGGCUCCAUCCUUGGUAUAGGGACUGACAUAGGAGGUAGUAUCCGUAUUCCCUCCUCAUUCUGCGGGAUCUGUGGUUUUAAGCCAACAUCGGGUCGGCUGAGUUCACAGGGUGCAGUUCCCAUUUAUCAAGGGCAAAAGUCUGUGCCAUCAUCUGCUGGACCCAUGGCAAGGGAUGUGGACAGUCUGGCACUGUUUAUGCAGGCUCUUCUCUGUGAUCACAUGUUUUCCCUGGACCCCACUGUGCCACCAUUACCUUUCAAUCUGCAGAUUUACCAGAGUUCCAGACCUCUGAGGAUCGGUUAUCUAGAAAACGACGGCUACUCGCACCCUUCUCCAAGCAUGGCCCGCAGCGUCCGAGAGGUUAAAGCUCUGUUAGAGGAAGCAGGGCACACUUUGGUGCCAUACUCUCCUCUGAAGAUAAAUUAUGCUGUCACUGAACUGAUGGUUAAAGGUAAUUUUGCUGAUGGAGCAGCCGGCAUGCUACAAAAGCUGAAGGGGGGUCCUGUGGACCCUUGUCUCAGACCUCAGGUUCAAAUGUACUCUGUCCCUAAGUGGUUGAAGAAAACCCUCUCCUUCCUCCUCAAACCUUUUUCUCCUCGCAUCCCUGCUGUCCUUCAGGCUCUCUGUGGAGUUGGAUCUGUUGCAGAUCUAUGGGAGCAUCAUGCUGCUAUCGAGGACUACAUUUGUGAGACGGUAGCAGAGUGGAGGCGGUGCAACAUAGAUGUGCUGCUGUGCCCCGUCAUCGGACCAGCCUACAACUUCUUGUACUGUGGCCAACUUACAUCUGUUCUCAGUUUCACAAUGCUUUACAAUGUCCUCAAUUUUCCUGCUGGUGUGGUCCCUGUUUCCACGGUGACGGUAGAGGAUGAGGAGGAGCUUAAGCACUUCAAGGGCAAUUAUCAGGACACCUGGGACAAGCUCUUUAAAGAGGCUGUGACUGGAGCUGAGGGUCUGCCCGUGGGGGUGCAGUGUGUGGCCCUGCCGUGGCAGGAUGAGCUCUGCCUUCGCUUCAUGAAGGAGGUGGAACGACUGGUUGAACAGAACAGAAAGUAGAGCGUGCUUCUGCUCUCAGUCCAAAAGGUGGGCCAGUCUCAAGUGGCUCAAGUGCCUCAGGUGAAUGUCAGCUAAAGGCUUUUUUGAUCAAGGUUUUUUUCAAUGAUGCGAGUUAGGGCUGGGCGAUAUGGACCAAAAGUCAUAUCUCGAUAUUUUCUAGCUGAAUGGCGAUACUCGAUAUAUAUCGAUAUUUUUUCUGUGCCAUAAUUGGAGUUUCCCCCAAAGCAUUAUAGCAUAGCAUCUCUGUUAGCUUCAUUUUUUUCUGAGGCAAACCCUUAAAAAAACAGUCAGUUUUAAUACAAAGCCUCGUGCCAAAUGUCACACAGGUUCAUUUAUUAACAGAGGUCUGCACAAUAUCAAAAUGUAUAAAACAAUUGAAAUAAAAAUAAACUGCCUGCAUAUAUAGAAUAAAAAUGCUUGUUGAAUAAAAUAAAACAAAUAUUCCUUUCCUGCAUAACAAUUAAAUUAAAAUACACUGUGCAAUUAAUACAAUGUAGACAGUAACAGGCAGACUUUUCCACUGAGGUUGACAGUUGUGCAAAUAACAAAACAUUUGUGCAAAUCUCAAAUAAAACAUUCAAGUCAAUUUGUCACAAAAUAAGCUAUAUCAAAAUCAAUAUCAAAAUUAUAUAUAUAUAAUUAUAUAUAUUAUAUCAAAAUUUAAAAAAAAUGUUUUAAUCGAUAUUACCGAUUUAAACGAUAGUCUCGUACCAUAUCGCGUUUGAAAAUAUAUCGAUAUGUAUUAAAAUCUCGAUAUAUCGCCCAGCCCUAAUGCGAGUACAACGUAAGAAUGGUGUUAACCAACAUCAAAUCACAAAUUUAUUUCAAAAUGUAGGUGAGUGUUUGAAGAUUUUUAAUGAUCAACUUUUGAAUCUUUUUUUUGUAAGAAAGCAUGAAAUUGGUUUUUGCUUCGUUCUUCCGCCACCAGUUGUGAUUAUUAUUUUACAUGAACAGAAGCUUGCUAAAACUGAACUUAGUUAGUCCACCAAAUACAGAAAAUCCUGGAAAAAUAUGGUUGAUUAGGACUUUGUUUCGUUAGGGAAUGAAUACUUUCUCUGAUCUGAUGUUCGGGAUUAAAACAGUAACUGACUUCACAGCUGUUAUUCCUCCACACUAGAGUUAAUUGUUUUGGGAUUUCUCACUUAUUGUAAUGUAAUGCAUAUGUAAUAAAGUAUUGCAUAUGAUCGAUCUUUCCCUCCUCUGAACUUAAGUGUCCUGCGUUGGGUGUAAAAUUAUUUUAAGGCUUGUCUGUAUACACCAACUACUGAAUAAAAUGGUUA